AUGACUUCAGUAGUGGAUCACCUGCACGCACCACUUAGUUCCACGUCUCAAAAUAUCAAAAUAAUUAAAAGGGUAUUGAAUGGGUAUGUUGGUUUUGCCAACUUGCCUAAACAAUGGCAUAGAAGAUCUCUUAGGAGAGGCUUUGCUUUAAACAUUAUGGCUGUCGGUGAAGCUGGAUUAGGUAAGGCAACAUUGAUUAACACUUUGUUCAAUCGUGAUAUUAUGGGUAAGAGUAGUGGUAAUAAAUUAAAUGACUUUGAUGAGGAUCAAGAUGAAGAUUUUGCCGAUGCUGAAGUUGAACCACUGGAAAAAGAAGCAGACACAGGAGUUAGAAUCAAGAGUACAGAAGCAGAAAUUGAAGAAGAUGGAGUCAAGUUAAAAGUUAGUGUUAUUACUGCACCAGGAUUUGGUGAAGCUUUGAACAACAUUGACUCAUGGAAACCAAUUGUUGAUGAGAUAAAUAAUAGAUUUGAUUCGUACUUGGAGGCAGAGUCACGUAUUAAUAGAUCAACAAUUGUUGACAAUAGAGUACAUGCCUUUUUGUACUUUAUUGAACCAACCGGUCAUUCAUUAAGAAGUUUGGAUAUUGCAUUAAUGAAACAAGUCCAUGAAAAAGUCAACUUGAUUCCAAUAAUCUCCAAGUCUGAUACUUUAACUGACGAAGAGGUUCAUGAAUUCAAACAUGCAAUCUUGGCUGAUAUAGAACAUCAUGGCAUUAAGAUUUUCACUCCUAGUGUAUCGGAAAAUGAUGAUGAAGAAGUUAUUGCCAAUACCACUCAAUUGCUCAAAACUUUCCCAUUUGCAGUUAUAGGAUCAAUGAAUGAAGUUCAAACUGGCGAUGGUAGAUUAGUUAGAGGAAGAAGAUAUCCAUGGGGUGUUAUUGAAGUUGAUAAUGAAGAUCACAAUGAUUUUGUUAAAUUGCGUGAAUUAUUGGUGAGAAAUUUCUUGGAAGAAUUAAAAGAAACUACAUCAAAUGUAUUGUAUGAACAUUAUCGUACUGAGAAAUUGAGGAAGAUGGGUAUUGAGCAAGAUAAUUCGGUUUUCAAAGAAUUUGAUCCUGCAACUAAACAAGAAGAAGAAAGAGCUCUACAUGAAGCUAAAUUAGCCAAAAUGGAACAAGAAAUGAAGGCUGUUUUCCAACAGAAAGUUAGUGAAAAGGAAAAGAAAUUACAAAGAUCAGAAGCUGAUUUAUUUGCUAGACAUAAGGAAAUGAAGGAUAAAUUGACUAAACAAAUUAAAUUAUUGGAAGAUAAAAAAGUACAAUUGGAGAAACAGAAGUUGUUGCCACAAGAACCAUCACCACAGCCAGCACCACAAAAGAGUCGUAAAGGAUUCUUACGUUAA